UUAUCAGCAACUAAAGUAGUUUCCCUCUUAGAUACAGUUAGAAUCUCCCAUAUCUGUCAACAUGCCAAAAAACCUAUUCAUAAAGGAACUCUCAAAAACUGACAUUGAAUAUAGAAUGGCAGUUCCGAUGAAAAGCCUCGACGCUUUCCGAAUCCCAGAAGGAGAACACUCUAAAGACUUUGGUGUCACUGACAUCCAUGGCAAGAGGUGGAGGUUCCGAUGUUCUACAAGAAAAAGUGACCCCUACCCUAAACCAGUCCUGUCUUCAGGUUGGAUAGAGUUCGCCAAAACAAGGAGUCUCAAAGUAGGAGAUGAAGUCACCUUCUCUGUGGUGGACAUGAAGGGAGCUGAGGAUCUGGAAUUGGGAAUUCAAGCUCGGAAAAGAAUCAAGUUAUUCGGCCAAGAGUUUUGGAGUAAUCCUCUGUGAAGAAGAAGAAGAAGAAGAAACUACUCCUCGCAUAAAAUAUAGGUGUUGAUCGAUGUAGCUUUAUCUUCUGUCUUACUCUUCUAAUAUCAGUUCUUUCUUUCUUGCUUGUUUUUUCUUUUUUUUCUCCUGGGUGUUGGGGGUGUUUGAUGCUAGCUGUUUCUUAAAAUGUCUAUCCUAGAACAAGAAAUGUUUCAUGCUUUUUCUUAAAUUAUAAAUUAAAAAGAAAUUGGUUAUAACAUACUCUUAUUAUUUUGAUUUUC